UUUCUCUGUACCUCUUCACCCUCAUUCACACGAUAGCAUGGCUAAUUCCGCUGCCAAGUUAACACCUAUUCUCUUCAUCUCCCUCCUCUUAUUUCUCUCGCAGACAUUCACCAUCGUUUUCUCAAUAGGUGUUAACUAUGGCACUCUUGCGAACAAUCUUCCACCACCAACCCAAGUUGCAUCAUUCCUCAAAACCAAAACCACCAUUGACAGUGUCAAAAUCUUCGAUACAAAUCCAGAUAUGUUGAGAGCUUUUGCUAAUACUGGUAUUUCCGUUACCGUUACUGUUGGUAAUGGAGAUAUCCCAUCACUUUCGCAACUCCAGAAUUCACGUAACUGGGUCAAUGCUAACAUUGCCCCAUUUCAUCCACAAACCCGAAUCAAUCGAAUCGUGGUUGGUAAUGAAAUCAUGGCAACAGCAGAUAAAAAUCUGAUUAGUAAACUCGUUCCAUCUAUGAGAUCUCUUCAUCAAGCUCUUAAACUCGCUGGUAUUAACGAUAUUCAAGUUACCACACCUCACUCACUCGGUAUUUUAUCAUCUUCAGAUCCACCGAGUUCUGGUCGAUUCAGACGUGGUUAUGACCGAGUCAUUUUUGCUCCAAUGCUUCAAUUUCUUCGUGAAACGAAAUCACCUUUCAUGGUUAACCCUUAUCCAUAUUUUGGUUACUCGCCCAGAGAUAACAAUUACGCGCUUUUUAAACGUAACCGGGGAAAACAGGAUAAAGUUACAGGGAAAACGUAUUUUAAUAUGUUUGAUGCUCAAUUAGACGCGGUUUACACGGCAAUGAGUAAAUUAGGAUACGGGGAUGUGGAUAUUGUUAUCGGUGAAACGGGUUGGCCAUCCAUUGGUGAUCCGAAUCAACCUUAUGUUAAUAUGGAGAAUGCUAUUUCAUUUAACUGGAACUUGAUCAGGCAUGUUGGUUCUGGUGUUGGGACUCCAUUGAUGCCGAAAAGGAAGUUUGAGACAUAUAUUUUCUCAUUGUUCAAUGAGAAUCUUAAGCCUGGUCCUACUGUGGAGAAAAAUUGGGGUCUGUUUCAUCCAGAUUUAACACCAGUUUAUGAAGUUGGCAUCAUGCGAGGUAGACAUGUUAGACAUGCCCCAGGACAAGGUUCCAGCCCUGCUACACCUACACCAGCAUUACCUGCCGGUAAGCAGUGGUGUGUACCAACUCAAACAGCCACUGAUGCCCAACUCCAAGCAAACAUCAACUACGUGUGUAGCCAAGGAACUGUGGAUUGCAAGCCUAUACAAGCAGGUGGGGCUUGCUUCAAUCCGAACUCGCUCAAGGCUCACGCUGUUUACGCAAUGAAUGCCUACUAUCAAAAAUCUGGCCGCCAUGCCUUCAAUUGUGACUUCAGCAAAACUGGUGUCAUCACUUCGGCCGAUCCAAGUCAUGAUACUUGUAAAAUGUAGAUGAGGAUGUUGCAACAAAAAUACUUCUCGAACUAAAUUAAUAGAUCAAGAAAUGGGGAAUCGCCCAAAUCCUACACGCCUCAACAUGUUUAAGUUUACUUCUAGGUCCGUUUCUUCCGACUAAAAACAUUGGAUCUCCCUAAUUAUUAGGAAGAAUUAGUUUGAAAUAUCAGAGAGGGAAAGGAUAGAGGCUUUUGUAACUCUUUCAUCCCCAAUCAAUAUAUUAUUAUUUAAUAGAUAUAUCUUCUUAUUUA